GCCAACUACUUUACUUGUCUAGAAAGUCCUCAUUCUUUUUUCCUCCUAAUCUCAACCAAAUCACUCACUAUCUUGAAAAUUUAUGGAAACAAGAUUGUCCAUAUUCCAUAGUGUAGAUGUUUCUACUUUCCUUGUUCUUGCAAGUAAAUGUAAAAAAGUUAGGAACUUACAGCAUAUUUAUCACUUCACCGACAGUGGAAGUAAAGGAUCUUAGUACUUAAAAACAAAGUUAAGAAUUUUGUGGAAAAACAACUGUAUGGGGUUUACUUUUUUUCACACCCCGUUACCAGUUGUGGUAUUUUGAUGGCUAUUUGAAGUUAAGUAUAUGAGAAAAGAAGGAGCUUCACGUUAAGAACUCUUCCAUUUUUGUUAUUUGAAGUUCUUGUUCACACUUGGAGUUAAUUUGUUUCUUAUUUUGUAACGUGUUGGUUGUUAGCCAAGUUUCUUGAAUUUAAUGCGUGGAAUAAGUUAGUGUCAUCAAUAUUUUGAGGAACUUCAGGGAUAUUUUUUCUUGGCUUAGAGUUGGAGAAAAAUGGUAGGUGGUAAGAUGAAGAUACGUUUUAGUAAGAUAUAUAAUUUUUCGUGCAUGAAGUGUUCGUUUAAGGAAGAACAUAGUCAAAUUGGGAAUAGGGGUUUCUCAAGGAUUGUGUAUUGUAAUGAUCCUGAUAAUCCAGAACAAUUACAGCUUAAGUAUAGGGGGAAUUACGUGUCUACUACAAAGUAUACAGCAUUUAAUUUCAUACCAAAGUCAUUGUUUGAGCAAUUUAGGAGGGUUGCAAAUAUAUACUUUCUUGUUGUUGCUUGUGUUUCAUUUAGUCCUCUGGCUCCUUAUACAGCUAGUAGUAUUUUAGCGCCUUUGUUGGUUGUGAUUGGGGCAACGAUGGCGAAAGAAGGGAUCGAAGAUUGGAGGCGCAAAAGGCAGGAUAUUGAAGCCAAUAACCGGAAAGUAAACGUAUACACUGAAAAUCAUACUUUCCAAGAGACUAGAUGGAGAAGUUUACGAGUUGGUGAUCUUAUUAAGGUGUACAAGGAUGAAUAUUUCCCCGUUGAUCUGCUUUUGCUUUCAUCUAGCUAUGAGGACGGCAUAUGUUAUGUUGAAACCUCCAAUCUUGAUGGAGAGACUAACCUUAAGGUGAAGCAUGCAUUGGAUGUCACAUCCUCCCUGCACGAUGAUUCUUCUUUUCAAAAUUUUAAGGCUGUUGUAAAGUGUGAAGAUCCAAAUGAAGAUCUUUAUACAUUCAUUGGAACUCUGUAUUAUGAGAAUCAGCAACACCCUCUUUCAGUGCAGCAGAUUCUUCUGCGAGAUUCCAAGCUACGGAACACUGAUUAUGUUUAUGGUGUGGUUAUUUUUACUGGUCAUGACACAAAAGUCAUGCAGAAUUCUACAGAUCCUCCUUCUAAGAGGAGUGCAAUUGAGAAAAGGAUGGAUAAAAUAAUAUAUGUUCUUUUUGGUACCUUGAUUACAAUAGCUUUUAUUGGAUCUAUCUUUUUCGGGAUUGAAACUAAGAAUGAUAUUCGUGGUGGGAAAUUACGGAGGUGGUAUCUUCGACCAGACAAGACAAGUGUGUUUUAUGAUCCCAAAAGAGCCACACUGGCUUCAUUUUUCCAUUUCCUAACAGCCCUUAUGUUGUACGGGUACCUGAUUCCCAUAUCGUUAUAUGUGUCUAUUGAAAUUGUUAAGGUUUUACAGAGCAUCUUCAUCAAUCAAGAUACGGAAAUGUACUACGAGGAAACAAAUAAGCCAGCUCAUGCAAGAACAUCUAAUCUGAAUGAGGAACUUGGGCAGGUUGAUACUAUUCUCUCUGACAAAACAGGCACUUUAACAUGCAACUCUAUGGAGUUCGUUAAAUGUUCAAUAGCAGGUGUUGCUUAUGGCCAUGUUGUGACAGAAGUAGAGCGGGCCCUGGCAAAGCGAAAAGGAGAUGGCGAUACUUCCAAUGAUGUGGAGGAAUCAAGUGACCCUAAAUCUAUUAAAGGAUUCAACUUCAAAGAUGAGCGUAUAAUGAAUGGUCAAUGGGUCCAUGAGCCUCAUCAAGAUAUGAUACAAAAGUUUUUCAGAGUGCUGGCCGUUUGUCAUACUGUUAUUCCUGAUGUGGACAAGAAAACAGGUGAGAUCUCGUAUGAAGCGGAAUCACCAGAUGAAGCUGCCUUUGUCAUUGCAGCAAGGGAACUUGGUUUUCAGUUCUUUGAAAGAACACAAAGUAGAAUUACACUGCAUGAAUUGGAUCAUCGGAGUGGUAAGAUGGUUGACAGAUCAUAUCAGCUCCUUCAUGUCUUAGAGUUCAGUAGUUCGCGGAAGAGAAUGUCGGUAAUUGUAAAAAGUGUUGAGAACCAGUUCUUGCUCCUCUGCAAGGGUGCAGACAGUGUGAUGUUCGAACGGCUUUCAAAAGAUGGCCAGGCCUUUGAGGGUAUAACAAAGGAACAUCUUAAACAAUAUGCUGAAGCAGGAUUGCGAACUCUGGUAGUAGCUUACCGUGACCUUGAUGAGAAAGAGUUCCAAUCAUGGGAACAAGAGUUUUUGAAUGCCCAAGCUUCUGUCACAGCAGAUAGAGAUGCUUUGGUGGAUGCCGCGGCUGACAAGAUAGAAAGAGACUUAAUGCUCCUUGGUGUUACUGCUGUCGAGGACAAACUUCAAAAAGGGGUCCCCGAAUGCAUUGAUAAACUUGCAAAAGCUGGAAUUAAGAUUUGGGUCUUAACUGGUGAUAAGAUGGAGACGGCUAUCAAUAUUGGGUAUGCUUGUAGUUUAUUAAGACCAGAUAUGAGGCAAAUUAUAAUUACUUUGGAUUCUCAAGACAUAUUGGUCUUGGAAAACCAAGGAAACAAGGAGACUAUUGCAAAGGCUUUGCAUGAUAGCAUUACAAAGCAAAUAAGGGAGGGAGUCUCACAAGUAAACUCAAGCAAAGAAAUUACUGCAUCAUUUGGUUUGAUCAUAGAUGGCAAAUCAUUGUCAUUUGCUCUUGACAAAAAACUGGAAAAAUCAUUCUUGGAGCUUGCAAUAAAUUGUGCAUCUGUUAUUUGCUGCCGCUCCACUCCUAAACAAAAAGCUCUUGUUACUAGAUUGGUGAAAGUUGGGACGCACCAAAGAACGUUAGCAAUUGGUGAUGGGGCAAAUGAUGUAAGCAUGCUUCAAGAGGCUGAUGUUGGGGUUGGUAUCAGUGGUGUUGAAGGAAUGCAGGCUGUCAUGUCAAGUGAUUAUGCAAUAGCUCAAUUCCGUUUUCUUGAGCGCUUGUUAUUAAUCCAUGGCCACUGGUGCUACAGGAGAAUAUCAAUGAUGCUAUGCUACUUCUUUUACAAGAACCUCGCAUUUGGGUUGACCCUUUUCUGGUUUGAGGGCUUUGCUUCUUUCUCUGGCCGACCUGCUUAUAAUGACUGGUAUAUGUCAUUAUACAAUGUCUUUUUCACAUCACUUCCUGUGAUUGCUCUAGGUGUCUUUGAUCAAGAUGUUUCUGCACGGCUAUGUCUCCAGUUUCCUAAGCUCUAUGAAGAGGGAACGAAGAACAUUCUCUUCAGUUGGCCUCGCAUUUUAGGCUGGAUGUUGAACGGUGUUAUCUGUUCUAUGAUCAUCUUCUUUGGCACCACCAAUUCACUCGUGCAUCACGUUUUCCGAAAAGAUGGUCAACCUGUUGACUAUGGAGUCCUCGGAGUGAUGAUGUACACGUGUGUCGUGUGGACUGUCAAUUGUCAGAUGGCACUCUCUAUCAACUACUUCACUUGGAUUCAACACUUAUUCAUUUGGGGCAGUAUUGUCUUUUGGUAUGUGUUUUUAGUUGUUUAUGGCUCUCUUUCGCCUAUAUUUUCUACAACGGCAUACAAAAUUCUUGUUGAAGCCUGCGCUCCAAGUCGUUUGUAUUGGCUGGUCACAGUUCUGGUCGUUGUUGCAACGUUGUUACCAUAUGUUACGUACAGGGCGUUUCAAACAGAGUUCCAUCCGAUGUACCAUGAUCAGAUUCAAAGAAAACGAUUAGAAGGUUUAAACAGUGACUCUGCUGAGGAGUUCAGUGAUAGAGGCAAACAAAAGAUAGAGCUUUAAGAAUAGUUUGUAGUUUGUCACAUGACAUAAAUGACUGUUUAAUAUGUAAAGUUAAUUAAGUUGUGUAAAGUAGAUAUAUAGUAAUGCUCAGUGAUUGGGGCUAGGCAGUAGAAACUAAUGUUUGAAGUGUCAUUUUGUGGGUGAAUUUUAUCAUGAGACAGAGAUUUUCUUUCUAAAGAUAUUAAUCAUAUAUUUUCGGAAGAAAAUUGUGUUGA